AUGCCCACCCACCACCACAACUCCCCGCUCGAGGCUGUUUUAUCGUUUUACUCUUCGAUCGUUACCGUCAAUGCAGAGGGAGACUCGCUGGUUAGUGAUGACACUUUAGAGGGUUUAGGUACGACGGGAUUCCUCUUUCAAGCUCUCUUUGGUUCACUUUUGAGGAUUGUCAACCCCGAGGGAACCGCCAUCAAGUACACACAGAGGCCUUCGCCAGAGACGACGGUCGUCGCCGAACCUGAAGUGCCUGCUUCACCACACGCCCCGCAACACUACCACAAACCGCAAUCUCGCUCGCAGUUAGAGUCGCAAUUACACCACCAGAAACAACAUCUAACCCCCGAUCACGAGAACGAGCCGGGAUCCGAUAUGGCUCUCUCAUCCGCUGCAGUUGGCGUUCGCUAUAGCGGCGCUGCCAGCUCGGCUCAGCAAAUGAUCAUGCCGAGCACCACCAACCAGCCAAUGCCAUAUUACGAGUCUUACGAGGACGGGCCCGAGGAUAUUUCUGUCAUGGCCGAAGAGGUCUCAGAGGAGGUGCAAACGAAACUGACAGAUUUACUACCUGAACCAGGUUACUUCCUCGCUGGCGCCGUCUCUGGUGGUGUUUCACGAACAGCUACCGCUCCUCUGGACCGCUUGAAGGUCUAUCUCCUUGUGAACACAAAGAAUGUCGAUAAUCCGGUACUCACCGCCGCCAAGAGCGGCCGGCCGUUUGCUGCCUUGCGAAAUGCUGGUGGCCCGAUCAUCGACGCGAUGGUAACCUUGUGGAAAACAGGUGGCUUCCGCACCUUCUUUGCAGGUGAGCAAAUCUCACAUUUCUUUCUGCUUGGGCAACACGCUAACAAGCUUGCAGGAAACGGUUUGAAUGUUGUCAAAAUCAUGCCGGAGUCUGCCAUUCGGUUUGGUUCGUAUGAAGCGUCUAAGCGCUUCUUGGCAGCCUACGAAGGCCAUGACGACCCGACUCAGAUCAGCACCGUUUCCAAAUUCGUUGCUGGUGGCAUUGGCGGAAUGACAGCCCAGUUCUGCGUCUACCCUGUCGAUACUCUCAAGUUCAGGCUCCAAUGCGAGACAGUUCAGGGCGGCUUGCAGGGCAAUGCUCUGCUCUUCAAAACGGCCAAGACAAUGUGGGCGGACGGCGGACUUCGCGCAGCGUACCGUGGCCUCGGGCUAGGUCUCAUCGGCAUGUUUCCGUACAGCGCCAUCGAUAUCGGCACAUUCGAGUUUCUGAAGAAGAAGUACAUCAAGACCAUGGCCAAAUACUAUGGAAUCCAUGAGGAGGACGCCAAGAUCGGAAACGUCGCCACUGCUGUUCUUGGAGCGUCUUCCGGAGCCCUUGGCGCGACUAUGGUGUACCCUCUGAACGUUCUUCGCACCCGAUUGCAAACCCAGGGAACAGCCAUGCACCCGCCGACUUACACAGGCAUCGUCGACGUCGCCACGAAGACAGUCAAGAAUGAAGGGGUUCGCGGAUUGUACAAGGGCUUGACGCCCAACAUCCUCAAGGUGGCCCCCGCGCUCAGCAUCACUUGGGUAUGCUACGAAAACAUGAAGAAGCUCUUGAAGCUUAAUUAG